CGCCGCUUUCCAAAGCGCUCCAUCUCAAUCUUAUGUUGUUCUUGAGAGGCCAGCAGGCUCUCGCUGGACAGAAAAUAAAAGUGAUUAGCCAUCAGGCUUUAUGGAUGUUUAAGAUAAUGUGUUAUUUAUACUCGUGGUGACGGAAAUAAACAACACUCUUGCAGAAAGCAUAUUUUAGUGGUAGAGUGCAGUACAAAGAACUCUUAUCAACUUGCUUAAGCAAGUAGGCUGACAACAGUCGGCAGCCAGUUUGCCUGCAACUGCAAGUGUAAACACGUCGGUCGUAGUGCAUUUCCAUACAGUUUUGUAAAAUAUUAUACAAAAGUGCAACAAACCCAUUGAAAAGUAGAACAAAAGAGUUUUUAGCAAAGAAAGUGAAAUUUUCCGCGUUGCAAAUAGAAUGACGAAUGUUGAUCUGCAACGCGAACGCGCGGGUGCAACCAUUUCGAGUGAAGACUUUGCGGAGUGGUGGGCAGGCGGACGCGCUGCACUGCACAAACGCAGAGCUUUAGAAAAGCUUUUCAUAGAAGAUGCCGAUUUGGUGGACCCCCAACACACGUCGCUGAUGUCGCACAAAGCGCUUUAUGAGUACACAAUUGCGAAAGCUUGCAAAUUUCUUAGCAAACUGCGCCGCUGGCACGCAGCCAAUGCGCACAGCAAAGUCGAUGCCCAGCAGAGCGCGAUUGCAACGCUGUACGGUUUUCGAAUGCUGCUGGCCGGCCCAUUGGGUACGGCGUUGUUUCAGCAGAACUUUCCGUUGCGCUUGCAUUUUUCGAUGUUCCUGCCGACAUUGUUGGGCCAGAGUACGGAGGAGCAACAACGCGAAUGGUUCGAUCGCGCUUGGCGCAUGGACGGCAUUAUCGGCACAUAUGCGCAAACGGAGCUGGGCCAUGGCACUUUUAUACGCGGCCUCGAGACACGCGCCGAUUAUGAUGUGCAAAGUGAAGAGUUCAUUUUGAAUACACCAACGCUAACGGCGUACAAAUGGUGGCCUGGUGGUUUGGGUCACAGCGCCAACAUGGUGAUUGUCAUGGCGCAAUUGUAUAUAAAAGGAAAACACCACGGGUUGCAUCCGUUUUUGGUGCGCAUACGUAAUGCCGAGACGCAUCUGCCGGACCCGGGUGUAGAUGUGGGCGAGAUCGGACCGAAGUUGGGUGUGAAUGGUGUGAAUAAUGGUUUUCUGGGGUUGAAAAACGUUCGCAUACCGCGUACGCAAAUGUUAAUGAAAAACGCACAGGUGCGCCCUAAUGGACGCUUUGUGAAAGGGCCCGAACCAUUGCUUAUCUAUGGUACCAUGGUGUUUGUGCGUGUAAUGAUCGUACGCGACGUUUCCUUCUGUUUACUGCAAGCGGCCACGAUAGCAACCAGGUAUUCGGCAGUGCGCCGUCAGAGUCCAAUUGCACCCGACCAACCCGAGCCACAAAUAUUGGAUCACACCACUCAACAGGCGAAGUUGUUUCCACAAAUCGCAAAGGGUAUAUACUUUCGUAUUGCGGCCGACGUUGUCUGGGUUAUGUAUCAGCAUGUUGUGAAGGAAUUGGAUGCUGGUCAGCGCCGCAACCUGCCCGAGCUGCAUGCCUUGUCCUGCUGCCUCAAAGCAUACUGCUCGUCGGAGUCCGAAGAAGGUGUUGAAGUACUGCGUAAAGCCUGCGGCGGUCACGGUUAUUUGAGUUCGUCAAAUUUCCAACAAAUCUAUGGCACCGUCACGGCCGCAUGCACUUACGAAGGCGAAAAUACGGUUUUAUUGCUGCAAACUGCGCGCUUCCUCCUCAAACAAUAUGUGGAGGGCCUGAAACGGAAAGUACUGCCACACAGCGUCAGAUACCUGCGUAAUGCAACGCGUCCCAAAUGGGGUAAAAAUAUUGAGCUGCCAAUGCUGACGGCACUCUUGGAGUUUGCGGCUACAGAAAGCAUUCGUACGCUUUACGAGUAUCAGAGACAGCAGCGUAAACUUUUGAAAUCGGAACAGUUAGUGGCCAAUAAGGCUGGCAUACGUUUGACACAGGUGGCAACGUUACAUGCACGCGCAUUCCUAGCACGCACCGCCUUGGAAGAGACCGAAAAGUUUUGUAAACAGCUGAAACCCGUUUUGGCGGACGUGCUCACGCAGCUGGCUGAGUUAUUUGUUCUAGAAUUGUGCUUGAGUAGUCUGGGUCACAUCCUAACGACUUAUCCAUUAAACGCGCGACAAGUCGAUCAGCUGCAGGCUCGCUACGAACAUUUGCUGGCGAACUUGCGUGUCAAUGCCGUCGCUGUGGUCGAUGGUUUCGAUUUCAACGAUCGUGUGUUGGGCUCCACUUUAGGUUGCUACGAUGGGCGUGUCUACGAGCGUCUGAUGGCGGAGGCGCGCAAAAGUCCCUUGAAUCAGGAGUCGGUUAAUAGCACUUUUCAUACACACCUUAAACCGUUAAUGCAGGCAAAGUUGUAAAUACUUUUCGGCUAGAAAUUCUUUUCUUUUUUAUUUCUUUAUUGCUGAAGAAGUUAACGGGAAGUUUAGUUUAAAUGCGAAAGUAUGGAUUCUGAGAACAUGGUAUCCGACUUUGUUGGUUCAAUGUGUUAUUAGGCUUCACUUCAAGUAAGAAUAUUAUACUCGUCUGCCUAUUCUCCAAAUCUUCCCUUCCUUUUUUCGGAAAGAAUGUGGUUUUGGAUUCGACUUGCUUUGUUUAUACGAAUUGGUUUCUUAUAAAGCCUUUUAUAUACACAUUUUUAAUUAUCUUAAGCUGCCAGCAAUAAAUAAACAUUUUUUCUUAAUUUUGGACUCUUUUUUUAAUUAAAUCCGGAUUCUUUGUUUUAUAAGUCCCUCAGUGUUCCAUUAAAAACAAUGCCUCUCUGCCCUGCAAAAAUUCCUUUGACGGAUUAUUUUGAAUUUUCGAAAUUUCUAAAAAUAGGAAAAAUUUUCUUUUCUGCUAUUGGUGUGAAUGUAUGUGUGUCUGUAUACACAUUGCUUUGUGAAUGCAUAACUUUGUGUGAAAAUAUUAAAUUUGUAAAAUUUUUUACUUCUUCCGACAGCGUUUUUUUUUUUGUUUUUUUCGUGACUGUAUUCGUUUGUGCGGAAAGUUUUUUGCUCCGUUAUGCAAAUAACCGUAAUAAUGAAAUAUAAAUUUUCGCCUGCUAAUUGCAGCGUGUAAAAAGCAACUUCAGUCAGCGCGCAUUGCCGCCCUCACUCCUCGCUCUCAUUCCUCGCCCCCACUCUUUGCCAUGAAGCCCCGCUCCCCACCCCAAUUCCGCCCGCUACCUUUACAUUCGUUCCGCACGCUGCGACUACGUAUAUACUACAUAGUGUUCCUGCGUCGCCUUGUCGUCGUUAACCGAAACAGUCGGUCGGUCGGUCGGUCAAACGCCUUGUUUGCGUAUUUGCGUAAUUAAUAAAGGACUCGUUAGUGCGUUGCCAUAUUUUGUGUUUUUUCGGUUGUUCACACAGUUUAACUUUUGUUUUGUUUCCCCUUUCGUAAUUUUUAUGCAAAAACUGGUUAUUGCUGCUGAGUAAAUAAUGAAAAUUAACGCAUGUUCGCUCGCCACUCGCCAAGCCGUCACUUCCGCUUAGCAAGGCGCACAAACACACCCACACACACAUAUAUACCAACCUGUGCACAUACACAGCUACAUUCCGUUAUAUGGAAAAUAAUAAAUGUAACGAAAGCAAUUUAAGCCGCAAUCCUUUAAUUGCCAUCAGCGCUGUUGCUUUGUUGUUGUUGGCCAAAGGACUCUUUCGUUAAAGCGAAAUGAAUUUUAUGGCGUUUCUCUUUUCCUCUUGCUAAUUAGCUGAUUUUCGCAUUUUUAAUAUGAAAACGCACUAAUUAUGGGGGUUGGGCAGCUGUUUAGGUGAGUUUAGGUGUGUAGCUUGUUGUUGCAUGUUGCAAUUUGUGCGCUGUUGGCGAGUUGUUGCAACACUUUGGUUUCUACAUGGCGCGAAUUAAAAUACUCACGGUUCGAAAAAUGCUCAGCUGAAUGGUUACUCGUUCAUUUCUUUACGCUUUUUGCAAU